AUGCACAUAACAUUCAUUCCAUUGUUCUAUCAACGGAAGAACAGAACUUCAUGUCUUCAACUUCCUGGAUUUUUCACCAGCACACCCUCAACGAGCUUCUCUCUCAUUCCCAAUUCUGAGACUCAAACUCUCUCCUCUCUCACUGCCACUAGAGUCUCUCUCCGUCUCACUAGAGUCUCUACUCGUUCACACAGUCACACUCACCGGCGUCUCGUUGCUCCUCUGCUAUCGUCGCCGGCGUUUCAACGUCUCGCGGCCUUCCCUGGGCUCCUCCUCGCCGGCGACAGAAGCACUCGUCGGAUCGUCGUUGCUCGUCGUCUUCUGGUUUCAAGUACUCGCCGUCGCGAGUCGCCGUGGAUCGUGGACCGUCGUAGAGUCGUCACUUGCUUCGUCGCUCGUCCUCUUAUGGGGUCGGGUCCUCUUCGUCACCCAGUUGCCCUUGAAAAAGGAGUACCUGCUUUUUGGCUCAAUGCAAUGAAAAACAAUGAAGUGUUAGCUGACGAGAUUUCAGAGCAUGAUGAAGGUGCUCUCAAGUUUUUCAAAGAUAUCAAGUGGAGCAGGAUAGACAACCCAAAAGGAUUCAAGCUUGAAUUUUAUUUCGAUACUAAUCCUUAUUUCACAAACACUAUUUUGACAAAAACAUAUCACAUGAUUGAUGAGGAUGAGCCAAUAUUGGAAAAAGCAAUUGGGUGAAGACCCCUUCAAUGGAAAUAAUCAAAUCCAUCUCAGGCAUCAAGGUUCAAGUCUGUGAAAGAAACCACCAACCCGUUGAUGAGGUCACGGUGGGUACGGUUGAAAUUAAGCUUCCUGAAGAAGGAGUAGGAGGCCAUGAAAAGACUGACAAUAUUUUUUUUUUUGGUAUGAACAAAAUAACCUGAAGGAAUUAGACCAGAAAUAGCAACACCAAAUAAAAUCUAUUGUGUUCUUCAUUUUUACUAAGUAUUCCAAAACACCCUGACAAUUGUAAAAAGCCUUGCUCACUUUUGAAAUUAUUUUUCCCUUUUCCACGUCCAAACUAAUUUGGAUUCGACUAAUAAAGGCAUAGUUGUAAGAACCGAAUCGGACUGGCCAAUUUGACUGGAAAACUAGUAAAUCGGUGAUCUGGUCGGUUCGGUUGAAGCUUUGGACCGAAGAAGGAAUUAAACCCCUUAAAAUCGGGCAGUUUGUCACAAACCAGACAAAACCAGCGAAAACCAGCCGAUUUGAUACAAUCCGUGAACCAACCGGUCCUAUGGUGCUCCCAACAAAUACAGGUCUAGUUCCUUCAGGGUACGGUGUACUCUUGGGAUUCUAGUCUCUGCUGUAUGGCUGGAGUUAUUGGUGUCCUCUCCAUUGUUGACCUGAGGGACUUUUGAGGCUUGCAUUAAUUUUGAAGUUUUCUUCAUGUUACUCUUAUCUGCAGAAUGGAAGCGUUGACUAAAAGGAUUUGUUGAACUGGUUCCUUUUGCUGUUUGACUUUCAAUAUUGUCAGGCAGUCUUCCAUCUUUGGGAUCAUUGGUAGAAAACUUGAUGCGGCCUGAUUUGCCAUUAGUCAUUUCUUUGGUAGCGACAUUGGAUUUCCUUGAGAUUUGUGCUGGCUUCAUGAUGAUAAUUGGAAACUUUCUACGCCGGGGUGAACUUAAAAUAUCAUCAGUGACAAUGUUGGGUUGGUCUGUUGUCUUGGGGUCUGUAGUUCCGAGCUUUCACUCAGACCUCUGUCAGAAGGGUAAUUUGUUUCCUGUUCUCUUGUAAUAUCUAGUGAAUCUUUGUAUCUCUGCAUUGCUUCCAGAAUCUGCUUAAGGGCUUUGAGAUCCUUUCCUGAAUUUUUAAACUGAAGAUCUGCAAUCCUUUUCUCAAUUUCACCAAAUACAGAGUGGGAGGGUUUUGAAGCUGUUGUCAAAGUCUCACUUCCCUUGGGAACUUGUAAAUGAGGAUCUUGGCUUGCAUUAGGUUGCCUCCAUGGGAUUGGUUCAAGUGAAAAUUGAGAAUUUCCGAUUAAGGUAUUGUCCCUUCUAGAAGUCCCCAAGCACUGGUUUCUUGUUAAGGGGAAAGUGGACUUUGGUGUUGGUUAGAAUCUCUCCGGUUAUGGCAACGCUGUUGCUAUUUCUGGUCUUAGCAGUCAGAAUUCAGGUGUUAUCACAGUUGAAAAUGUUAUUUUUGGAUCCACUCCACCUAUUUCUCCUGAAGUUUUGACUAAAGCUUUUAACUACCUUGAAAAACAGUUCUGAUACGAUAAUAACUAAUUUGAUAAAGUGAAGCACCAUCAUUUCAUUCUAUUUAUACGAUAUAUUGCUUUGGC